GAUGAAGUCCAUGAAAGUUGCAAAUACUCGUCCUCCCAUAUAUAUAAAUAAUUGGUUUGUUCCCCGACGGGUAAGAUUCAAUUUCCUCUUCCUUUUCCUCUUAGUUUUAGGGAAGCCCGGAUCUGAAGGUUUUGAAACCCUGGACUACACGCUAAGGCAAGUAUGUAUAACGAUAUGAGGAUGAUGUUAAGGGCAUGAAUCAUAAGAUUGGUUGGUUGGAAAGCACAUGCACCGUUUUGCAAGCAGAAGCCUCUACGCUUACCUCUCUGCAACUAAAAGCUGUAUACCUUCUUCUACUAUUUCACACCCAUCAGCUCAUAAGACAAAUACCACUCUCUCCCCCUCCAAAGGUGUCAAGCCUAGAGCUGUGAUUCCAUCCUUAACCAGAAUCAUGGUGGGUUCAACUAGUUCAGUGUUGGUUGAUGAAAAUAGUGUCCAGCAAAUUCAGUUACUCACUUCUACCGAUGAUGCCUAUGGAGGAGUUCGUGUAGAAAUAAAGAAUCCUAUGGAUUCUAAUGUCUUUGGUGAUUUGCUUAGAGCUUCAAUAUCACAAUGGAGGCAAAAGGGGAAGAAGGGUGUGUGGAUUAAACUGCCUAUUGAACAUGCAAAUCUUAUUGAAGCUGCAGUUAAGGAAGGCUUUCGGUACCAUCAUGCUGAACCAGACUACUUGAUGCUUGUAUAUUGGAUUCCCAAAACUGCUCAUACUCUGCCUGCAAACGCUUCACAUCGAGUGGGCAUUGGUGCCUUUGUCAUCAAUAGUAAAAGAGAGGUUCUCGUUGUUCAGGAAAAUAGUGGCGGAUUCAAGGAUACAGGUGUGUGGAAGUUUCCUACUGGGGUUGUCAAUGAGGGUGAGGAUAUCUGUACAGCUGCUAUUAGAGAAGUCGAGGAAGAGACUGGGAUUAAGACAGAAUUUGUGGAAAUUUUAGCAUUCAGGCAAAGCCAUAGGUCAUUCUUUACCAAGUCGGAUUUGUUUUUUGUUUGCAUGCUGCAACCACUAUCCUCUGAGAUUCAGAAGCAAUAUGAAGAAAUUGAGGCAGCCCAGUGGAUGCCAGUUGAGGAAUAUGCAGCUCAACCUUUUGUGAAGAAAAAUCCACAAUUCGAUAGCGUUGCCAACAUAUGCUUAGCGAAGAUAGAUGUGAAGUACACUGGGUUGUCUCCAUUUUCUGCCACUUCAAGCUCUGGUAAACACAACAUCUUGUACUUCAACAAUCAGGAUCUAAAGCAGCCCCUGUCUUCUGGUAAUCAGGCCUAGAAAGCAUACUUGCUUGCCUUGUAUGCUCAAUAGACCUGUUGUAGAGUGACCAAAUAAGAUAGCAUACUUGCUAGCCUAGUAUGCUCAAUAAAUUUGCUGUAGUGUGAGGUUUUUUAGUAGAACCAAGUUACUUAUAUAUGUAUGUUUUGCUUGAUAUUAAUAAAAGAAGGGUGGAUAAAGAAUACA